AUGCAGCGCAUCAACAUCCCUGAGAUCGAGGACAGCCCUCACUGCCCCGAUUUCCUUCGUGAUGCGGUGACCGGCUACCUCAGAGUGAUAACGGAUCUUACCAGAGUGUUUGAAGGCGCCGGCCCCGUCCUCAAACGCCUCCUGGAUCAGUUUGCCGCCCACCAGAUCCAGCAGCUGCAGCAGCACGCCGACGGCGCCGACAGCGGCGAGGACGGCGCCGGCAGCAGCAGCGGCGGCAGCGGCGGCGGCGCCGCGCCGCCCGAGCAUGCGCCGCGGCGCAUGAUCGUCGACCUCUGCAGCGGCGGCGGCGGCGCCCUGGUCGGCCUUGCGGAGCGCGGCGCCCUCGGGCCGGUCGACGAGAUUGUCCUCACAGACCUCUACCCCAACGCCGCCGCUUUCGCCCUUGCCGAGCGCCGCCUCCCGCCCGGCGUCUGCCGCGGCGUGCCCACGCCGGUCGACGCGAGCGACGUGCCGCCCGAGCUGCGAGGCGGCGUCCGCACGCUCUUCAACAGCCUGCACCACCUGCCGCCGCCGCUGGUGUUGCGGGUGCUCGGGGACGCCGCGCGGCAGGGGCAGCCCUUUGCGGCAUUCGAGGUCGUGGAGCGCCACCCCAUCACCAUGCUCGCAGUCAUAGCCCAGGGCGUCGCCGUGCCCUUCCUGCUGCCCUUCACCGCCCGCCCGCCGCGCCUCGGGCGCCAGCUGCUGCGCCUGGCUGCGGCGCUGCCGGCGGCGCCGCUCGUCGCGGCAUACGACGGGUUCGCCUCCUGCGUGCGCUCGUACUCGGUCAAGCAGCUCAGGGCUUUCGCGGCGCAGGCGUCGACGCCCACGUACGAGUUCGUGGUGAGGGAGUCGCCGAGGCGCCUGCUGGGCCUGCGCCCCUUCCGGCUGAGGUGGAUCGAGGGCAUGCCCCUUGCGCCCGCGCGCGCGAGCCGCUACGCGGCCGGCGCGGCGCCGCACACUGAGGCGGUGGUGCGUAUUAAGUCCCAUGCGCCGGCGGGGUCGGACGGCAAGGCGGUGUGA